AUGACGCUAUCAUUCGCAAAAUCCACAAGAUCAUGCUCGAGCGCUUAUUUAACAGAGGCAAAAACGGUUAAAGAUGGCAAGGAAGCAGUGGAUCUGUGUCGUUCUGGGGAAAAUUUUGACAUAAUUUUCAUGGACAAAGAAAUGCCUAUCAUGGAUGGUCACGAGGCGACAAAACAUCUAAGUGCUAUGGGUGUGAAGAGCAUCAUUGUGGGAAUCACUACCCGUGCUGAUGGAAAAGAUAAAGAGGAAUUUCUAGCUUCUGGAUCGAACCACUGCUUUGAGAAGCCUCUUGACCAAGCAAAGGUUGAACAAGUCUUGCAAGAGCAUGAGAAUUUUGGCAUUUGA